AUGGCAAACCCCCCACACGGCGGAGUCCUCAAAGACUUGAUCGCGCGCGAUGCUCCCCGACGCAAGGAGCUCUUCGACGAGGCAGAGACACUGCCGGCCAUUGUGCUGACGGAGAGGCAACUUUGUGACUUGGAACUUAUCUUGAACGGAGGUUUUUCGCCGCUGGAAGGCUUCAUGAACCAAAAGGACUAUGAUGGAGUCGUAGCAAACAACCGCCUCGCCGACGGCAACCUCUUCUCCAUUCCCAUCACACUCGACAUCUCGCAAGAGACGAUUGACGCCGUAGGCGUGAAGCCUGGCGCGCGUAUCGCUCUGCGUGAUUUCCGCGACGACCGCAACUUGGCCAUCAUCACUGUCGACGACAUAUACCGACCAGACAAAGAAAAGGAGGCCAAGGAGGUCUUCAGCCCCGAUGGCGAUGUUGCUCAUCCAGCCAUCGCCUACCUCUACAACACGGCCAAGGAGUUUUAUGUUGGUGGCAAGGUCGAUGCGAUUGACCGGUUAGAACACUACGACUAUGUCGGUCUCCGUUACACACCCGCAGAGCUGCGUCUGCACUUUGACAAGCUCGGAUGGCAAAAGGUCGUUGCUUUCCAAACGAGGAACCCCAUGCAUCGCGCUCAUCGUGAGCUUACCGUCCGCGCUGCCCGCGCCCGCCAGGCCAAUGUGUUGAUCCAUCCCGUUGUUGGCCUUACCAAGCCCGGAGACAUUGAUCACUUUACUCGUGUUCGCGUCUACCAAGCCCUUAUGCCCCGCUACCCUAAUGGCAUGGCUGUUCUUGCUCUGCUGCCCCUUGCCAUGCGCAUGGCUGGUCCUCGCGAGGCAAUUUGGCAUGCCAUUAUCCGCAAGAAUCACGGUGCAACUCACUUUAUUGUUGGCCGUGACCACGCUGGUCCAGGAAAGAACUCCAAGGGAGUCGACUUUUACGGUCCGUACGACGCUCAGGAUGCCGUUGAGAAGUACAGGAGUGAGCUCGGUAUCGAGGUCGUGCCCUUUUUGCAGAUGACCUACCUGCCCGACUCGGACGAGUACAAGCCCAAGGAUGAGGUUCCACAAGGUGUCAAGACUCUUGACAUUUCUGGAACAGAACUCCGCAAGCGCCUCCGUACCGGCCAGGAAAUUCCCGAAUGGUUCUCGUACCCAGAAGUCGUCCGCGUCCUUCGCGAGUCCCACCCUCCCCGUAGCAAGCAAGGAUUUACCGUCUUCCUUACUGGCUACCAGAACUCUGGCAAGGACGCUGUUGCUCGUGCCCUGAACGUCACGCUCAAUCAACAAGGAGGCCGCUCGGUUUCUCUGCUCCUCGGUGAUACCGUCCGCUCAGAACUAAGCAGCGAGCUCGGCUUCUCGCGCUCCGACCGUGACAAGAACAUUGCUCGCAUUGCGUUUGUCGCUGCCGAGUUAACCAAGGCCGGCGCCGCUGCCAUUGUUGCGCCCAUUGCACCAUUCGACGCCAGCCGAAAAGCGGCACGCGAAACCGUUUCCAAGCACGGAGACUUUUACCUCAUUCACGUCUCAACGCCUCUUGAGCAUGCAGAAAAGACAGACAAGCGUGGUAUCUACAAGGCUGCUCGCGCUGGCCAAAUCAAGGGCUUCACCGGCGUCGAUGACCCGUACGAGACGCCUAAGAAUGCGGAUCUGAGCAUCGAUCUCUCAAAGACGAAUGUCAGGACAGCAGUACACCAGAUUGUGCUGUUGUUGGAAAGCAAGGGACUUUUGACUCAACUGUAA